AUGGCUGACAGAAGACUUAUGAAGGAGUACUCGGCGUUGAUGAAGAACGGCCCGCUGAACCCGCAGAUCGUUCUGCUUGGCCCCGUCGACCCCGAGGUGAUGACGUCGUGGGAAGCGGUGAUUGCCAAGCCCACUAAGGACGACCUGCCCUAUUACUAUAAUGGCCAAUGGAAGCUUAAGAUUGAGGUGGGAGCCGACUAUCCCAGACUGCCUCCCAAAAUCAAAUUUGUCACUCCCAUCGUCCAUCCUAACAUCAACUAUGACCUGGGGGAAAUUUGCCUUGAUAUCUUAAAGCUGGAGGCAUGGUCUCCCGCUUGGGACUUGCAACACCUUAUCGGGGCGAUUUUGAUGUUGUUGGACGACCCUGAGCCCGAUUCGCCGUUGAACGUUGAUGCUCUGAACCUUUUCAGAGUGGACAAGACCGGAUUUGAGCUGGUGGUGCAGUACCACAUUUGGAAGCACAAUGCGUUCUAUGGCGGCACCCAACGCCGCAACCUGGGGGCGAAAGUAGUGGUCGAUGUACCCGAAGCGAUUGCCGUUUAA